CAUUGCUUUUGCAGCCAUACCAGUAACGAAAGGAUGCUAUCAAAAUCUGUGGGACUGGGCUAAAUGAUGUUGCUUUGCAGAUACUAAUAUGGUUAAUGCAGGAGACAUGAAUGGUUCUGGCAAUCUGAUGGAUUUCCUGGAUGAGCCUUUCCCUGAUGUUGGGACAUAUGAGGACUUCCACACCAUUGAUUGGCUGAGAGAGAAAUCGCGUGACACUGACAGACAUAGGAAGAUUACAAGCAAAAGUAAGGAAUCCAUCUGGGAGUUCAUCAAGAGUUUGUUGGAUGCCUGGUCAGGAUGGGUUGUAAUGCUUCUCAUAGGACUACUGGCAGGCACGUUAGCUGGAGUUAUAGAUCUAGCUGUAGACUGGAUGACAGAUCUGAAAGAGGGUGUCUGCUUGUCUGCAUUCUGGUACAGCCACGAGCAGUGCUGCUGGACAUCUAAUGAAACCACAUUUGAUGACAGGGACAAAUGUCCCAAAUGGCAGAAAUGGUCCGAGCUUCUGGUAAAUCAGUCUGAGAGUGCAAGUGCUUACAUUCUAAACUAUUUUCUGUACAUUAUGUGGGCUCUAUCUUUUGCUUUCCUGGCAGUCUCCCUGGUCAGGGUGUUUGCUCCUUAUGCCUGUGGUUCUGGGAUUCCAGAGAUAAAAACCAUCCUGAGUGGUUUCAUUAUUAGGGGCUACCUGGGGAAGUGGACGCUCUUAAUCAAAACAGUCACCUUGGUUCUGGUGGUGUCUUCAGGCCUCAGCCUCGGCAAAGAAGGUCCUUUAGUGCAUGUGGCUUGUUGCUGUGGUAACUUCUUCAGCAGCCUCUUCUCAAAGUACAGCAAGAAUGAAGGAAAGAGGAGAGAGGUGCUUUCAGCUGCAGCUGCUGCAGGAGUCUCUGUUGCUUUUGGUGCUCCAAUUGGUGGUGUACUUUUUAGCCUGGAAGAGGUUAGUUAUUAUUUCCCCCUGAAAACCCUCUGGAGGUCAUUUUUUGCUGCUCUUGUGGCUGCCUUUACUCUGAGGUCCAUCAAUCCAUUUGGAAACAGCCGACUGGUUCUUUUUUAUGUGGAGUACCACACCCCCUGGUAUAUGGCUGAACUUUUCCCAUUCAUUCUGCUUGGGGUCUUUGGAGGUCUGUGGGGGACGCUCUUUAUCCGUUGCAACAUUGCAUGGUGCAGGAGGCGCAAAACAACCAGGCUUGGGAAGUAUCCGGUCCUAGAGGUCAUUGUGGUAACUGCUAUCACUGCCAUCAUCGCCUAUCCUAAUCCAUACACCCGGAGGAGCACCAGUGAGCUGAUCUCCGAGCUUUUCAAUGACUGUGGCGCUCUGGAGUCCUCACAACUCUGUGACUAUAUUAAUGACCCAAACAUGACCAGGCCUGUAGAUGACAUCCCUGACAGACCUGCUGGCUUCGGAGUCUACACUGCAAUGUGGCAGCUGGCCCUGGCUCUGGUUUUUAAAAUUAUCAUCACAAUAUUUACUUUUGGCAUGAAGAUCCCUUCAGGCCUCUUUAUUCCCAGCAUGGCUGUGGGAGCCAUGGCUGGUAGAAUGGUUGGAAUUGGAGUAGAGCAGCUGGCCUACCAUCAUCAUGACUGGAUCAUCUUCAGGAACUGGUGUAGACCAGGAGCGGAUUGUGUCACGCCAGGACUUUAUGCUAUGGUGGGAGCUGCAGCAUGUCUAGGUGGAGUUACCAGAAUGACUGUCUCCCUGGUGGUUAUUAUGUUUGAGUUAACCGGAGGCUUGGAGUAUAUUGUACCUCUAAUGGCUGCAGCUGUGACCAGCAAGUGGGUAGCAGAUGCCUUUGGGAAAGAAGGGAUCUAUGAGGCACACAUCCACUUGAAUGGUUACCCAUUUCUGGAUGCUAAGGAUGAGUUCACACACCGAACACUAGCAACAGAUGUCAUGAGGCCUAGGCGUGGUGAGCCUCCACUCUCCGUUCUGACACAGGAUAGUAUGACAGUGGAAGAUGUGGAGACGUUAAUCAAAGAGACCGAUUACAAUGGCUUUCCGGUGGUGGUUUCCAAAGACUCGGAGCGUCUCAUUGGUUUUGCACAGAGACGGGAACUGAUUCUUGCAAUAAAGAACGCAAGACAGCUUCAGGAUGGGGUGGUGAGCAAUUCUAUCAUGUAUUUCACUGAAGAUCCACCAGAGCUCCCAGCCAACAGCCCUCACCCAUUGAAGCUACGGCGCAUUCUCAAUUUGAGCCCUUUCACAGUAACUGACCACACGCCAAUGGAGACUGUGGUAGACAUCUUUCGGAAACUUGGACUCAGACAAUGUCUUGUCACACGCAGUGGAAGGCUGCUGGGCAUCAUAACUAAAAAGGAUGUGUUAAGACAUAUGGCUCAAAUGGCAAACCAGGACCCUGAAUCUAUCAUGUUUAACUAGACUGGUAACAGAAGAAUGGAAGAAAUAACCUUGAAGGAAUCUCUCCUAGAUCAACACAAAGGCUGCAUACAGUAUUUUGUUUUGUUUAAAGAGAAAAAUAGAGUGUAUGAGGAGUGGCCCAGAACUAAGCUAUAACAGAGAGGACUGGAUGCAGGAUGAGACUUAUUUAAUCAGGUAGUCAGGUUAGACGCUCUCUAUAGCUGCAAACAUCAGGCUAUAUUUCUUCAAUGAGUUUCCUAAUAGCUCUGCUGGUAUGUGUGAUAUGGUUUGAAGUGGUACAGGUUUAAGUGAUAUGGUUUGAAGACAAGGAGCCAGGAGUACUGGAGAACACACCAACGUUCACACUAACUUAUUAGACAGAUGCGAAGACUAGCAGAUAUUUAUAAAUAAGUUAGUAACA